AUGCAUAUGCAUGGACCUCCAACUUCAUCCUCGACCAUUUCUCAUGCUCCAGACCAUCGCGUGCCACCCACUGCCAAACCUGUCCUCAAUUUCUCCAUCCAGACCGGGGAGGAGUUUGCCUUUGAGUUUAUGCGGGACAGGGCUGUACCCAAAAACCACCUGGUGCUCCCAGCUACAUCUCCCGAUCACAAUGUUGCACCGGGCUACAUUGAUCUCAUGGGAAUGAUUGGUGGUUUCCAUACAGGAUCUGAAAGUGCCCCGCAUUUAACUGCGCCUGCGGCUUCUGAUAGUCAGCGACGCAAGGAGCCUCAAACAAAAUCUUUUGCUGAAACUGAAAACAGAGGCACGCACACGUCAACUAGGUCUGUUCCACGAGCCAAGUCAGGUGAUAGCAGCGGUCGGGGACUCUCUCAUGGCUAUUCUUCUUCUGAGGCUUCAUACACCUCCAGAAAAAUCAAGUUCCUCUGUAGCUUCGGGGGUAAAAUCUUACCCCGGCCUAGUGACGGAAAGCUUAGGUAUGUUGGUGGCGACACACGUAUUUUUCGAAUCAGUAGGGAUGUAUCCUGGCAGGACCUCAGAACAAAAACUCUGGCCAUCUAUAACCAACCCCAUAUCAUCAAGUACCAGCUACCUGGUGAAGACCUUGACUCUCUCAUCUCAGUGUCAAAUGAUGAAGACUUGAGGAACAUGAUGGAGGAAUUUGGCAUGCUUGGAAGUGGUGAAGGUUCUCACAAGAUUCACAUCUUUUUAGUUUCCUCUUCUGAUUUUGACGAGAUAAGCUUUAACCUGGGCAGCGCUGAUGGUGAUUCAGAGUACCAGUAUCUUGUGGCUGUCAACGGAAUCGACGCUGGAUCUGGGAAGCCCUCAAGCGACCAUGCUUUACCGAGCACAUCUGCCAGUGAGUUGGAUCAGUUCAGUAUUCUCAAAAUUGAUGCUGAUCAGUCGAACCCGAAUAGAGAUAGGUCAGAUUUGGCUGGUAUACGUGCUCCAUCUUCUGCGCCUUCUGCUACAACCUCAACGCCAACACAACCAAGUUUAUCUAGUGAUCAUGUUGCAUAUGUGCACUCGAACCAAGGGCAUGGUGUGCAGUAUGCCCAGGGUUCUAAUUUCCUGUAUCCAGUGUCCACUGAUAGAUUAUACAACACUGAAAACAGAACUCCGGUGCCUCUAUCUGUGCCUUCACACUAUGGAUGUACUUCUCAGUAUGCACCGCAUUCUGGGACUGCAUUAGCGGCAACUCUUGACCAGCAGCCUAAUCAGGAGGGCUUUAUGGUGAAAGGGGGUAUAAACGAUGCCAAACAGGGUUCUAAGAAUACUAGGCAGCAAAAAUAUGAAGUGGAUUAUUUCCAAUCCCUUGAGCAUUUGAGUGCUAUCAUGCCACACCGUGAUCCUCCUGUUUCAAACUGUACACUUUCUGAAGCACUUCCUGUUUCGUCUGCUCAGGAAGGUUCAGCGUGUUUUGUUACACAAAGUGGAACUGUGAAGAGCCUAGAGAAUCACAUGGCAUUGAAGGCUGCACCUGCAGCUCAGGCCUCAGAGUUUAAUGAUGAACACCACCCAUCUGUCGGUUCUGAUGUUGGUAGUGACAUGAAUAAUCAUGGUUUGAAAAAUUCACCAUCCCAAGCUGGACGGAUCUUUCAAUCUGAGUGGAUUCCUAGGGAUCAAGUGCAGUCCCUGAACCGGUUGUCAAAAUCUGAUGAUUCACUUGGCUCUCAGUUUCUUAUACUCCAGUCACAGUCUGGUGUAAAUAAUGAAUCGAUUCCUGAGGUUGCUGAUCCUGUUGAGGGAGCAAAAAAAUCAAAUUUAGGGGCCGCGCCACUGACCUUGAAUGAGCCUUCUAUUGAUGAUGGUGUAAUACAAUUUGAGAAAGAGUUAACUGAAGCUGUACCUUGGCCAAGUCGAUUUGGAAUGGUUCUUCCUUCUGAAGUAUCAGAUAAUAAAAAGAUUUCAGAGGAUGCUGUAGUUGAACAAUCGACCAGUGCAGAGAGAAUAUUGGAUGGACCUAACAACAUGAGUGCAGAUAAAGCCAUGAAUUCUGCAGAAAAGGCUUCAGGUAAAGGUAAGUUGAAGGAGACUACUAUCGAUGGAAUGCAGACAGCUAAUAUACAGCAGGAAAGUGAUGAUGCUAUGGCACGCCGUGUUAGUUGGGAGGCUCCAAAGACGGCAAUCUCUACUGACGUCAAGCAUGAGCCGGCUGCGUUGUCAUCCACCAGAACUUCAGCUAUUCCACAGGAUGAAUCAGUUUUCCCUAAUACGGAGAAUAGAGAUAUCUUUGUUGAUAUUAAUGACCGCUUUCCCCCUGAUGUUCUUUCCGAUUUCUUUGAAAAGGCUAAAGCUGCAGCACAAUCAUCGACCCAUUUUAAUGAUCCCGUCCUUAGCUUGAACAUACCAAACUAUGAGCCCAAGAGUUGGUCAUUCUUCAGAAACCUUGCACAAAAUGAGUUUCCACGCAAGGCUAACCCAGGCCUAGCAGAGAUUGAGGAAGGACUUUAUCCAGUUGCAGGAGUAAGUAAGGAUACAUCUGCCGUGCAGAGCUUGAACCAAAAAUUUGAUCUUGAUGCUGAGAAGAAGGUAGGGCCUUCAAGCACUUUUGUUGACCCUAGUAGUAUGCCUCCUGCAUAUGUGUCAUCUCAUAUUGACAACCAACCGAUGAUGGAGAACAUGAGGCCACCUGUUUCAGAGUUUGAGGAACCGAAGUUUGAAGAGGACAGAGCUGUUAUUCCAGUCAUGGAUGCAUCUCUCCGAGAUAUUGAUUGUGAACACUUGCAGAUUAUCAAGAACGAAGACUUAGAGGAGCUUAGGGAACUUGGUUCUGGCACUUUUGGAACAGUGUACCACGGAAAAUGGAGGGGAAGUGACGUGGCCAUUAAGCGUAUAAAGAAAAGCUGUUUCACAGGCCGAUCUUCUGAGCAAGAAAGGCUAGCACAUGAGUUUUGGAGGGAAGCUGAGAUUCUGUCAAAGCUUCACCAUCCAAAUGUUAUGGCGUUUUACGGUGUUGUUAAGGACGGUCCAGGUGGGACGUUAGCAACUGUGACCGAGUUCAUGGUUAAUGGUUCACUUCGGCACGUCUUGCAGCGCAAGGACAAGUAUCUUGAUCGUCGUAAGCGGCUUAUUAUAGCAAUGGACGCAGCCUUUGGAAUGGAAUACUUGCAUUCAAAGAACAUUGUGCACUUUGAUUUGAAGUGCGAUAACCUACUGGUGAACCUUAAAGACCAGACACGUCCUAUCUGCAAAGUUGGUGAUUUCGGCUUAUCAAAAAUAAAAAGAAAUACAUUGGUUUCGGGUGGUGUGAGGGGCACCUUGCCAUGGAUGGCUCCAGAGUUGCUGAAUGGGAGCAGCAACAAGGUGUCGGAAAAGGUGGAUGUGUUUUCGUUUGGUAUUGUAAUGUGGGAAAUCCUGACCGGAGAGGAACCAUAUGCGAAUAUGCACUAUGGAGCGAUAAUAGGGGGUAUUGUGAACAAUACAUUGAGGCCUCCUGUGCCGGGAAGCUGUGAUCCUGAGUGGAGGCGGCUGAUGGAGCAGUGCUGGGCUCCGGACCCUGUGCAGCGGCCGGCCUUCACAGAGAUCGCAGGACGUCUGCGCGCCAUGUCGGCUGCAGCUAACCAGGUGAAAGCAGCAAUGGCGGCGGCGGGGAAAUAA